AUGGCUACCUUUCUUGUGGAGGACUUGCUGGCGCGCGCCGAAGAGCGCGAGGCGGAGACCCAGCGCAGCGUGGCGGUGCAUAAGGAGCUGGAGUUGGAGUUCGACGUGGGUAACUUACUGGCGGUGGAUAAAAAUCCGGCUCCGCGUGCCCUUGCGCGAGUCUCCUCGGAGCGCGAGGCUCUCCUGCGCGCUUUGGCCCGGGAUAACACUCAGUUGCUGGUGGGCCAGCUGUGGGCGCAGCCGUCAGAGCGGGUGGAAGGGGGCGCGGGGCCAGUGGUGGCCCGCCUGCCUGAGCCCACAACGCGCUUACCCAGGGAAAAGCCGCUGCCCAAACCUCGACCGCUCACAAAAUGGGAGCAGUUCGCACGCCUCAAAGGCAUUCGCCCGACGCGCAAGAAGCGUGGCACGUUGGUCUGGGACGAAGCCGCCAAAGAGUGGCGGCGGCGCUGGGGUUACCGCCGAGCUGGCGAAGAUCCCUCCCGCGACUGGCUCUUGGAAGUGCCGGACUCGGCCGACCCGAUGCAGGACCAGUUCGCCAAGCGGCGCCAGGAGAAGCGGGAGCGGGUGGCGCGCAACGAGCUCAAUCGCCUGCGGAACCUGGCGCGCGCUCACCGGGGCCGGGUGGCGGCCGACCUGCACCCGACGGGCCACCAAGACCGGGCCGAGAUGGGCCGCGUCUCCGCUCUCGCCCGCGUCUCCACCGCCUCCCGCGGCCGCUUCCAGCCUCGCCUUCCCAAGGAGCCCGCCGUCGCGCAGACUAACACAGCCCGCGGAAAGAAGCGUAGCUUCCAGCCGCUGCUGGGAGACCUUGAAGGGGAGAAGAAGCGGCAUCUGGAGUUAGCCCGCAGCCUGAGUAGCAAGAAGCCGCUCCUGAACCUGACCCGUGCGGUCAACAAGCAGCUCCGCGAAGAGGAAGCCGAAGCAGCCAGAGGCAAAGGCAAAAGGCGCGACCAGCGGGGCAAGAGAGGUCGACGACAGCAGCAGAGGUCCGGAAACGCCAGGAGCAAGAGAAGCGCAGGAGCUGGGCGUAGAGGGAAUCAGGGGGGACCUGGAAGCAUCAACAGCAAAAGGAAAAGAAAAUAAACUUUCGUUGUGUGGGGUUACAUUGCUAUCCCAGCUAAAUAGCAGUCUGAAGCAGUUUAUUUUACAUAAGGCUGCAACACAGUAUGGAUUUGCUAAGUUAAAUAUUAUUCUAACUUAACAUUGGCCUUUAACCCCAAAAGAACUUUGUGGGACUUGACUAAAGAGUGUAUAAAGACAUUAGCAAUAAAAACAGCAUGUAAAGUUACCUUUGAAUGAGUCUAUUCACUUGAAGAAAUGUGAUAUUAGAUGUACAAUUCAGACAAUGCCUUUACUAUGAAUUGGAAUGACUUCAAAGAAUAAGACUUUAAAGGAGUUGAAGUAGAAGGACUUGUUUUGUUUAUAAUAAAGUCCUAAUAUGCCUCGUUUCUUUUAAAUGAGAAUUGAAAUGGAUACCUCUCAGGAGAUGAGCUGCAGUGUUAUUUUUCUGUAUUUCUUUUGAAUGUAUCUGAAUUACAGUAUAUCAAUUGUCAGCCAGGAUGAAGGCAAAUCUCUAUAAGAAUAUUGUGUUUACUUCAUGGUAUCUGACUUUUAUAUGCGUUAACAUCUCAACGCAUACAAAAUGUCAAAUUUGUCUCAUCAAAAUACCAUUUUCAUCAUUUUGACACUAUGAAUCCUGAUAUCAAAAAAAUUGUAGAUUCCGUAUCGGGGUAUGUGUAUGGAUAUAUGUACAUGCCCACUACAGCAAGAUUGAAGAUAUUAAAAAAAAACAAUUAUGGUU